CUUUUACUCCGAGCACUCGCGGUCGUCCUCCGUCUUCUCGCUUGUAUCUACACCGCGCAUGUACACACAAGAUGCCGACUAGUAACAUUCAGCCCCCUCUACAGUACGUCGCCAUACCGCCAUGCGCGACGCGUCUCCGGGACACUCCCUCCACGUCUUCCUCCGCACCCACGUCCUCCGCGCGCCCGAUCCCCAAACUGACGACCACGGCCCUCCCACAACCCUCACAAGCGCAACCACCCUCCCUCUUUUCCUCACCCACCUCCGCUUCAUUCUCUCAGGGUCCGCUUUCCCCGUCCAAGCUUGCCUACAGCUCCAUCCCCUCGCUCCUCCUCGCUUCGACGCUCCAGAUCCCUGCCAAUGCCAACAGCGUGCCCGAUUCUGCUGUGCGGACGCGCAAGGGCAGCGUGAAGCUCCUGUCGAUGCGCGACCCGCUCAGUAUCCCGAUUACGACGGUGAACUUCCGGCGCUUCGUGAGCAAGAGCGGACCGGUGUUCUGGUUGCAGGACCGGGUUGAGGAGGUGGUGAUGUGGAGGAAGGGCAACAGGUACACAGCGGUGUGGAUGGGGGUGUACGCGUUUCUCUGCUACUUUCCGCGGCUCGUGCUGCUCCUCCCGCACGCCACUGUGCUCAGCAUUCUACUUGCUACGCAUCCCGCGCUGCGGUCGAACGACAAUCCGGAUGAUGAGUCGAAGCCGGCACCGACUCCGCCACCUACGCAAGUCGGCGAAGGGAGCGUGGACUGGCUCGCCAACGUCCAAGCCAUCCAGAACCUCAUGGGCGUGUUCUCUGACUUUCACGACGGCGUCCUUCCAAUCGUCCCGCACCUCACCCACGCCUCUCCCUACACCCCCAUCGUCCUCACCUUCACGCUCGUCUCCCUGCUCGUCCUCCUCCCUCUUCUCCCACUACUCCCUCUCCCCAACUCACAACCGGUGUUCAAUGCCCUGCGCACGCGGCUUGCCAGGCUGGUCGAUGAUGACAGGUUAGAUGAUAAACACUGGUGUGCUACGCUGCGCGAGGUGGAGCUCUUCGAAAACGAGCGGUCGGCGGCGCCGGCGGGACGUGCGGGCGGCGUAAUGGCGCGCUCCGCAAGCGACGCAGGGGACGAGUCUAAGGCCAGUCUGGCCUCCGAUGUAGGCUGGGCCAAGGCGAACUUGAAGCCAGGCGAGAGGAAGGCGUGGACGCGGGGGCGGGAUGGGUGGAGCGGCGUAGGCGAAGACGGCAGCGGAGACGUCAGCAACCUCACAUUUGCCCUCGAGCCAGGCUGGGCGUUUGUCGAGACGGAGGAUUGGCGGGCGGAUCUGGAAGGCAGCUGGAUUGUGCCUGGGAUGGCCGACAGCAAUGGGUGGGUGUACACGAAUGACGCAUGGUUGGACCCGCAGUCGAUGCCGUUGGAAGAGUGGCGGGCGACCGGUAUGACGAGACGACGGAGAUGGACGAGGAGGAUAUACCAAGGUGAGGAUGUGAGCGCGGGGAAGAAUGUAUGAUUCUGUACUUUGUAAUAUUAUUUCCUGCCAGUGUUCUGCGUGUUAUUUUUCUGGUCAGGGCGGGAGCACCGGCAAUGCAAGCGAUGCCUCCACAAGUCUGUCCCGCUGGGCUACACAGAAUGUGGCCCUCAGACUUGCCUGAUAUGGAAUAGAGGGUGAGUGCACGGAGGAGUCUCGGAGA